AACAGUUUUCGUAACAUCAACAGAGGGUCAAUGAGUGUGUUGAGGAAGGAGUAGCCAGGUGUGAGGGACAUGAGUGUUUAAUGCAUGGAUGUAGGUUAACUGAGCAUAAAGUCAUUUUAAAUGCCUCCAUUUCGCUUAUGUUUGCACUGACGGAUGUGUACACGUGGAAAGCGGAAACGACCGUGUUGAAUUUUGUUGCUGUAUGUGCUUAUUGAACUACUCGAGGACGAGCAGAGAGAAGCGACAAAAGGUCGGUUUAACCCUGCUUAACUUUAUGCUGUUCACAAGAUUUAUUAGCAAAAGAAUGUCCUUCACUCCUCCCCCUCAUGUCAUCUGGGAGUCGGAGGGUCUGUUGGCCUACCUCCAUCCCCAGCCCUGGACCCCAGGAUCUGUUGUUCUGGAGAGCAGCACCCCUGGCAGCCUUGGAGGCAGCAUCUUCCACCUGGAGAAGCGGGAAUUAUUAGCCUGGCUGUUGGGGGCGAGAACUGUUGCAGAGCUGCUGUGUGACAGACUGACAGUAAGAAGGUGUGCGCUAGUCAGUAGACCCCGCAGAGACAGACCGGCACAGAUCCUUGUCCUCCCUCUACAUGGUCUUGAUGCAGACUGGCGCCCUCACCUGGCCGAAGAUGAGGAGCACAAUGCUCAGGACCCUGGAUACUGCACCUCAAAGACAGCUCCCCGAUGGAGUGACUCCAGCUUGUCAGACAUUCAAGCUAAGAUUAGAGCCAAACUCCCACUACCUGACGCUCCACACAAUCUGACUUUCCUUGGGGAUGAUCCAGCUCACCCCGGUCUGUUUUCACGCAUCGUUCGUGGGGAGGAGCAGCAAUGGCGGGUGUGGGACGAUGAAAGCCAUGUUGCCUUUUUGACUCCUUUUCCAAAUUCUCCGGGUUUUACUGUACUGGUCCCACGACGGCCAUUGACCUCAGAUAUAUUCAGGCUAGAAAAAGAGGACUAUGAGAAGCUGGUACUGUCGACCCUGAAGGUGUCAAAGCUUCUGGAGGAGGGUUUAGGUGCCUUUGGAGUGGGGCUUAUUUUUGAGGGUUUUGAGAUUGACUACGCCCACGCCAAGUUGAUACCACUGUUUCUACCUCCAUCAGGGACAGGAGAUGUCAGCAAUAAAUCAUCACUUCCUGAGUUUUACCAAACUUACCCUGGGUAUGUGACGUCAGAAGAUGGACCUAUGGCCAGCCAAGAAUGUCUGAAGGAACUCCAAAUGAAAAUUACUCGGACCUAAGGCUUAUACCUACAGCUCAAUAGUUGCUUUUAGCUGUAAAAGGAAUCCCUCUCUGCCUUAAGUGGUAAGAAGAAGUACGUAAACUAAACGUACAGCUACUAUUGCAAAGGCUACAGGCUGUAAAGGUUUGCAUGAAUAACCUUAACUUAAUAAUAAAAAUAUUAUAAAUAAACUGCACGGUACAUUUAAGACUGACAUAACCCUUUGGAAAUGUUCCUUAAAUUUAAAUUGAACAUAUAGUUACUAAAGAACCUGAAUACAAUAAGGAUAGACCAGCAAAUUGUAAGAAUUUCUGUCUUUUUCUAAUUUAUUAACAAAGUAAAUUGUAACUAAAAAUAUUAAAAUUCAUGUACAGUUAAUGAUUUGUAAGGACGUUAUAUCAUCAUUCUAUCCCUCUCCAAUUAUCAGAAACAUUAGUGAUUCUUUACAAUCAUUUUUCAUUCUUUGACAAAAUGAAGCUUUACUUCAGUGUAAAAUUAUGUUUGUAUAAUCAGCAUUAAAUGCUAUGACAAAGUUCCCUCGUGGAGUAAAAUAAUAAAGACCUUCUGAAAUCAUAAAGCUGUCACGAUCUUUAUCUGUUGUUGAUGGACGUUGCACUGAAACCGAAGCUUAAUUAAAACUGAAAAUGGAAAGGAAAACCACAGACAUAAAUUACAUCAAAGCAUUUUCACUUGAACACCACUUGUUUCUUAAAUGUUAUUAUUCUAGUGGAUACAAUUCUAAUCUUGAAAUUUUCCAAAUUGAAUUCCCUCAAAAUAAAAACAGUUACAAUGUAAUGCAAUCAUUAAACUCCCUGUUUGUGUUCCUUUA